AUGCAGACUGGUGUGGAUUUCACACCCACCCGUGACCCACCCACUCCCACAUGUCGUUCUUCGGAGGUUCACAAGUUCUGGCAACUUUUGCAAGACUUCUUCAAUGGGAAGGAGAUUUGCAAGAGAAUCACUCCAGAUCAAGCCAUUGCCCGAGGUGAUGCCGUUCAAGUUGCUAUAUUGUGCGGCGAGCAUGAGAUUGUUCAGGACCUAUUGGUCUUGGAAGUUACUCCUUUGUCUCUUGGAUUGGAGCUGUUGGGGGUGUGCCAUACAAAUCCAGGUUCGCUGAAAACUUUUGUCUAUGAAGGUGUUAGAGACACAUCUCUUCCAAAUUCAUCUGUGACAGAUAUCAGUGAACUUCUCCGUGCUGAUAUUGUCUUAACAACAUAUGAUGUGCUUAAAGAGGAGUUGCCGCAUGACUCUGACAGGCAUGAAGGAGAUCGUCGCUUUAUGAGAUUUCAGAAGAGAUACCCCGUUAUUCCAACUCCUCUCACCAGAAUAAUUUGGUGGAGGAUUUGUUUGGAUGAGGCUCAAAUGGUGGAGAGUAAUCCAGCUGCUGCGACAGAAAUGGCACUACGACUUCAUGGGAAGCAUCGUUGGUGUAUUACUGGGACUCCCAUACAACGAAAGCUUGAAGACUUGUAUGGGCUCUUGAGAUUCCUUAAAGCAAGUCCUUUUGAUGUUAUUAGGUGGUGGACUGAAGUUAUACGAGAUCCAUAUGAGAGGGGAGAUGCAGGAGCUAAGCUAUUCACACAUAAUUUCUUUAAGCAGUUAAUGUGGCUUUCCUCGAAACUACAUGUCACAGAAGAGUUAGAGCUUCCUCCUCAGGAGGAGUGCAUCUCUAGGCUUUCUCUAUCACCAGUUGAAGAGCACUUUUACCAGAGGCAGCAUGAAACUUGUUUGGACUAUGCCCGGGAAGUUAUUGAGGGGUCUAAGUUAUCUGAUGUUCCAUCUGAUCCUUUCAUCACCCACGUGGAGGCUGAAAAGCUGUUCAACUCACUUCUAAAGCUUCGUCAAGCCUGCUGCCAUCCUCAAGUGGGAAGUUCUGGACUACGUUCUUUGCAACAGUCUCCCAUGACCAUGGAGGAGAUAUUAUCAGUACUUGUUGAUAAGACCAAGGUAGAAGGGGAGGAAGAUCUCAGGAAAUUAGUUGUUUCAUUAAAUGGGCUUGCAGGGAUAGCUAUAAUUAAGCAGGAUUUUCCUCAAGCUGUAGCAUUGGACAAAGAAGCGCUGGCUUUAACUGAAGAACACUCUGAGGAUUUCCGUUUGGACCCCUUGUUAAACAUUCACAUUCAUCAUAAUCUUGCCGAUAUUAUCCCUUACAACAGUUUGAGUUUAAGGGGCAAUCCCCUGAAACUGCUACUGAUAAAGUGUCAAAGGUGA